CUCUGACCCCUUGGCCCCCCUGCCUGCUGCUGAUGUGCCAGGUAUAAGAGGCUUCAGGUCAGCAGUAGUCCAGUUCAAAACUCCUGACAGGACCCACAUUACCGGACCCGCGGAUCGCGAGUCUCUCUUCGGUUUGCUGGAUAGCUCGGCUCGGCCCGUUGAUCUCAGUAUUUCUUUUCUGCGGGCCUGUUUUGGACCGGGUCAUGGAGCUGUCGGAUAUUCCUUUCCCCAUCCCGGCUGCUGAUGAUUUCUAUGAUGACCCCUGUUUUAACACAAGUGACAUGCACUUCUUCGAGGACCUAGACCCACGGCUAGUCCAUGGCGGUCUGCUGAAGCCGGAUGACUCCUCUUCUUCCCCCUCAUCCUCUCCUUGCUCGUCCUCCUCCUCCCCGUCCUCCGUCCUCCAUGUGCACCAGCGCGCGGAGGUGGAGGACGAUGAGCACGUCCGUGCGCCCAGUGGCCACCACCAGGCGGGCCGCUGCCUGCUGUGGGCCUGCAAAGCCUGCAAGCGGAAAACCACCAACGCAGACAGACGCAAGGCAGCGACGCUGCGCGAGCGCCGGCGCCUCAGCAAGGUCAAUGACGCCUUCGAAACGCUGAAGCGCUGCACGUCAGCCAACCCCAACCAGAGGCUGCCCAAGGUGGAGAUCCUGCGCAACGCCAUCAGCUACAUCGAGUCCCUGCAGGCGCUGCUGCGCGCCGGCCAGGAGGAUGGCUUCUACCCGGUGUUGGAGCACUACAGCGGGGACUCGGACGCGUCCAGCCCCCGCUCCAACUGCUCUGACGGAAUGACUGACUUUAAUGGACCGAGGUGUCAGACGACGCAAAAGGGGAGUUAUGACGGCGGCUCCUACUUCUCCGAGGCUCUGAACGGAGGCCACAGGAAUGACCGCAGCUCCGUCGUCUCCAGUCUGGACUGCCUGUCCAGCAUUGUGGAGCGGAUCUCCACCGACAGCAGCUGCCUCCCAGCCACGGCCGAUGCUCCUGCCUCCCCGGCCGCCGCUGCGCUCAGUGAGACAGAGCGCGGCCCUCGGGCCGCUCCGACCUCUUCUCCGGCCUCCAGCCAAGACCCGAACCUGAUCUAUCAGGAUCUAUAGACCCUGACACCCUUGAUGAACAGCAAUGCUGUGGCACCGUGUGGAAAUGAGCUCACAGACAUGGAAACUGUUUAAUUAGUUUGGCUCUGCAGAUUCUUUUUAACAUUUUCAAAACUUCUGUGGUCUUCUUAACCUUUAGAGGCUCAUUCCUGCCAGGAAAAUAGUAUUUGUUUUUUGUUCGUUUUUUUGUUCAGUCUUCUUUUUUCCUGAAUUGAUAUCUUAUCAGUUUCAAACAACACGCACUGAUGAAAAACAUGAAAUGUGGAUUUGUAAAAAAUGAAAAAUGUCUUAAUGAAGUCUUUAUUUUAAAAAGGGAGUUAAAAGGGGAACAAAAGUCUCAGUUUUUUUAAAUGAAAUAAUUGAAAACAGAUCAUCUAAACCAGAAUAUCUGGAGAUAAAAUAUGAAAUAAGUUUAUUGCAGGUGGAUUUUACCAUUCCCAGACAGGCAUAUUUUCCAGCAGAAAUGAGCUUCUGUUUUCCUGCUUAAAAACAUGUGAAAGAAUUCAGAGUAAAAACUGUAAUGCUGGUAAUACAGAGGAAUUCACCUGAAAACAGGCGGUUUCCGUUUUUGUUGAAUUUUUAUUUUAAGUUAUGCAAAAAUAUUUAAGUCUUGUUUUCUGUAUUCAUUUGAAAAUGGAGGCCAAAUGGAAGCCGGUGACGCUUCAGAGUCCUUCAGGCCUGCAGGUUUCUUCUCUCUAAAAAAAAUCAUCAAGCAGCAACACCACAAUAUUGUUGUGCAUUCAUGUGCACAAUAAAAGAAAAGAAAAACCAGUAAUGAGAGUGCUGGUUCAGAAGAUGAAACCUCCACCAGCCUUUAGUCUUUCAUUUUCAGCCUCUGAGGACCAUGAUUCUGUACAUAUAAUGUAAAUAAGAGCUGAUUUGUUCCAACUGAAAGUAUUAUGUAUCCUAUUUAUUGUUUUGCUCACAUGUACUUUUGUUUGUUGUGAAAUGUUUAUAUUUAUACACCUGAAAACUGUGUGGAAACCAAUAAAUAAAUGGCCUUAUUUAUACGA